AUGGCUCAAAUGAGCAACAACGGGUCGAGAGGAGGAACAAACAGCUUUAGAAAUGGCCAAAGUCAAGGCCGUUCAGGAGUAUUAACAAGUAAGAAUAAAUUCUGUUUCAAUGAGUUUGUGUUCGACCCAAUUAAAUGGCAGCGGAAGCAAAUGAACGAGGACUUCCUUGACCUAUCAAAGAUGUUCAAUGCAGUUAAAUCGCUUGUUCGAGUGCCUUCUGUAGACUCCAAAUAUAAAAUUGCUCUUCUUGCUUCUAAGCAGGACCAUUGUCUUGUUGAUCUACUGCAUGCUUGGCAAGAUGGAAAACUUCCGGUUCAGAUAAGCUCUGUAAUCAGCAAUCAUGAUAGGGUGGGGAAUACCCAUGUGAUGCGGUUCCUUGAAAGACAUGAGAUUCCAUAUCAUUAUCUGUCCAAGUCAAAGGAGAAGAAUGUAGAAGAUGAGAUAUUGGGGUUGGUUGAAGAUACAGAUUUCUUGGUCCUUGCUAGAUACAUGCAGGUGUUGUCUGGAAACUUUUUGAAAAGAUAUGGGAAGGAUGUGAUCAACAUACAUCAUGGCUUAUUGCCAUCAUUCAAGGGAGGAAAUCCAUCUAGGCAGGCUUUUGAAGCUGGGGUCAAAUUGAUUGGUGCCACAACCCAUUUUGUCACGGAGGAGCUUGAUGGGGGCCCAAUCAUUGAGCAGAUGGUUGAGAGAGUCUCGCACAAGGAUAAUUUGCUGAGUUUUAUUCAGAAAUCUGAGAAUCUUGAAAAACAAUGCCUUAUGAAGGCAAUCAAGUCAUAUUGUGAGUUACGCAUUCUACCUUAUCAACACAACAGGACUGUUGUAUUUUGAGUAAGCUCAAAAUGAUGCUGAUCAAAACUACAGAGUCCAUUUUAUUCCUUGUGUUGCAAAGUUUUUGUAUUUCAUUUUAAUUAUUCAUUCUAAUAUAAGUUGUUCUUGUUCCAAUCCAA